UGAGUAACCAAUAAAGGCGCACUUUACAACUAGAACCAUAUGGUUGGGCUUUCCCGGUAUUUAAAUUGGGAGCAUUGGCUAUAAAACAAAUAGGAAAGCCCCUGGCCAACUACCUAAAGCGCAAGGCCAAAACAAAUACAUUUUUCAGGAACUAUGUGUGCCUGCCUCCAGCGCAAUCGAACGGUUUCAAAAUUCAUAUUGGGUGUUGAUUUCGGAAGCACUCAUGCAUGCGCCAGGGUCUACACUAUGGAUCUUAAGGUCAUCGGAUGUAGCAGCACCAAAGUACCUCGGCUUGAAGGGUCCGAUGGUGCUUGCGAAUUGGAUCCAGAAGCUGUAUGGGAAUCCUUUUGUAAGCUGUUAGAUGAAGUAUUACAAGAUGCAGAAAUUAACCCUGAUCAGAUCAAUUGUAUAGGUAUUUCGGUUCAGCGAAAUAGCCUAUUGUUGUGGGAUAAGAAGACAUCAAAUCCUCGAACUCGUGUUAUCACGUGGCUAGAUACACGUUCUUUGGAUCUCGCCAAAAAGUUAAAUCACUCUUUUAUCUUUCGUAGUAUGAAAACUGCUGGCCAUAUGUUAUAUUGGAUGACACAUCAAUCAAGGUUUAAAGCGUUGGCGUCGUACCACUUCAAGACAGUAUUAGCAUGUAUACGUCUCAAAUAUUUAUUAAACGAGAAACCAAAGCUUAUUGAUGAGUGUCGUAAGGGGUUACUUUGCUAUGGUUGUUUGGAGACAUGGUUGCUAUGGCGGCUUACAGGUGGCAAAACAUUUGCUACGGAUGUUAGUUGUGCAAGUGUUACUGGCAUGUAUGAUUCCUUUUCUCGUAAAUGGAGCCGUCCGAUUUUGGCUAGUUUAGGAAUACCUGCCAAUAUUCUUCCUGAUGUGUAUCCUUCCAGUUAUUAUUAUGGCACUGUUCAAAAUGGUCCACUGGGGUAUUCAUCAAAUCCUUCUUUGUCUAUUCCGAUCACUGGUAUCAUUGGUGAUGCUCAAGCUGCCACCUUAAUAGAAAAUUGUUUAUCUCCUUGUCAAGCUAAACUUACAUUAGGCACCGGGAUAUUUUUAAAUUUACUUUCUGGUUCCAAAGCUCUAGCCGUAAUGAAUGGCUUUUAUCCUGUUAUUGGAUGGGCAUCUGGUCACCCGUAUUUUGACUGUAUUUCGACUUUUUAUAUGGGUUCUACUAGCAGUUCUUCGGAAUCUCCAUCAUCUGUACCAUCUACAUCUAGAUCUUUUCAUCUGGAUGAUCUUACUUAUUUAGUUGAAGGUUUCUAUCCACAUGCUGGUACACUUAUUGAUUGGUUGCAGUCAGAAAAUAUUUUCUGUACGUAUUCUGAGUUGGAAGAAAUGCUUUAUAGUGGUGAUCGACUUGGUUUGGAUGAAAAAGCUACUCGUGAAAAUAUCUUCUAUAUCCCAUUGCUAAGGAAUACACUUAAACAUCAUCAAAACACGCUAAUAGGCGGACCAUUAAAAUUAAACAAAAAUUCAUUUUACGGACCUGAUGGAUUUGUAAUCGGAUUGGAUUAUUCAAAGUCUGCUGACAAACUACUUGUUGCACGUAUUUUUAUUGAGUCAAUUGCAUUUUGUACAAAAUUCAUGUUAGAAAAUUGUCGUAAACAAACACGCAUUUCUCCUUCUAUUCUUUAUGUUAAUGGAAAUGUGGCACGUUCAAAUUGGUUGCUACAGCGUAUAUCUAAUGCAAUCGGAAUCCCAGUGGAACGCAGAGGUCUUGAAGAAUGUAGUUGUAUGGGUGCAGCAAUUGUUGCUGGUGUCGGUGCAGUUAACAAAUACAAAUGUGAUUAACAUGUCAUAUGACCUACGGGAAUAUAAUGUUGGUAGAACGGAGAAAACUUCUUUAGAAGUGUGUUUUAUUUCUUGAUAAAUUUUGGAGAUUUCAUUUCAUAAUGAAGUCAUUGGAAAAUAUUUUUGGCAUAAGACACGAUUAUUCCGGUCUAUUGUCAUUUCCAGCUAUUACAAUGUUUUUCAUCGCAGUUAAAUAUAAGUCAAACUAAUUAUCUAAGCUUUCUACGUCAUCUAUAUCAAGAAAUAUCAUACAGAACAAAACAUUACUGUAUUAAUUCUAAAUGAAAAUCACAUGUUUACUGAAAUUUCGCAUAACGUUCUUACGUUAGGUACGCUCAGAUCACAGAGACUGAUAAAUAUCUUCAAAUCAUUAUCAUUUUGGAAAUGAUGAAUGCGUUUUUUUUUGUGAUAUUAGGAUGAAUACGCUUAUUCUGAUUAUGGUUGUCCAGUUUGUGAAACUACCGUUGAUAUCUUUGUUAAUCACUUCCUAACUAGUUUAUUAGCCAGCCUUUCUUUUAUCUAUCUUUUUAGGUUUAUGGCCAAGUUUCUCCGCAGCAACUGAAGCUGUACACAAACGACUUCAGUUAGAAGCAAAUAGUCUUCCGUCUGUUGAGAUUAAUAAUACUGAUCUCAAUAAUAAUAAAAAAUUAAAUCCACAUAAACUAUACGGGCGGUUUAUGCCUGAAUCGUCAGAAAUAUGCAUAUCUAUAAAAAAGCGUUAUCAUAUUUGGUCGCACAUACGUGCUUCAUAUUUGCGAAAAAAAUAGAUUGGCUUAAAACUUGUAUAAAAUAACAAAGGCAUAAUCUAUUGCGUUUUAUUGUUAAUUCAUUCUUUUUUCUUUCGUUAUUUAGUUACCUGCAGAUGGGUGUUCGUCCGUUUGUUCAUUAUUAUAUAUUUGUAUUACUUGUAUCUAUAUUUUCCUCUUUAAUAUUUUUUUGUUUGUACUUAUGUUCAUUACUUUAUCGGAUUAUUAUUUAUCCGUUCUAUUGUUUGUCUGUUUUUUUAUUGUGCGGUUUACAUUUUAUAUAGAGAUAAAUUUGAUUAUAAACAAAAUAAAUGUUUUUCGUUUCAGUUCAACAUUUUCAUCAAUUUUCCAUCAAAUAUUAUACAUUUCUGUGAUCAGUCAAUACUAGAGGAGAUAUAGUUAGAUAAGAAAGUAUUGUAGUAAACGAGAACACCAGUGGAGACAACCAAAUACAUGUGAAUAUAAAAUUACAAAAUCUCUUAGUAAAAUUCGUGAACCAUACAGCAAAUACUCCACUUGCAAAAUGUCUAUCAAUUGUCUCAGACUUGAUUGUUUCUUCGUUUCCACACCAAUUACUCUCUGUUCUCGUUCUCUUUUCUUCGAUCUUCUUGACCCUCUGCCGUCAGGCAUUUCACUUUUGAUUGGUGAUACAUACUACUUAUAUCUGUCAACAUCAGUAACACACACCACGCUAUCAUUUAUCAAUUCAUAGGUAGUAAGUUAAACAAUAUCUUAUGAACAAAUUGAUAAGUAAUUCGCUAAGUAAUAGUGAUAAUUCUUAUUCACCUAUUUGAACACAUAAAUAUUGGUACUAGUGGCAUCGAAUACAUUUGCGACACACAAGUCACUUGAUUUGUGUGUGGAUUGUGAUACUACCCAGACAGAAGAAGGUGGUUUUCUUAGUAGGUUACACCCGGAGCCUUUGAUCUAGAGGUCUAAUCCACAAGGCAGUGGAGUAACGUAAAAAGAUGCAGUCAUAUGGUAGCCGGUGACCAACAUUUUUCGCAAAAACCAUUAUGAAUAGUUUGUUUUAUUUUAGCUUUUUUUAUGUCCCCUAUAUGGUUUAACUGAAUGUAAUUUAAAAUGUCAUUUUUUUAAUUCCAUAAUUACAUGUGUCUAUAUUUGAACGAUGUAUAACAGCAAUUUAUGAUAGAAAUUUAGUUCAGUGCUUUUUUGGUUAACUUACUGUAUACUAUUUUUGUUUAGUAAGUGUUUUACAAUAAAGCACAUCUGGUGUGCUCUUUCUUGCUUGUUUAUGAAUGACAUCUUUAGAAUUGUUCGCCUAUUUUGUUUUGUUUACAUGUUUAUUGUUAGUUUUUAGUUACAUCAUUUUAAAGGUAGAUUUUACGAAAUGAUUGUCUUGUUUUUUGUGUAUAUGUGAGUAUAAAUGUAAUGUCCACAAUUAACUUGGGUUCACUUUUACCUAACCAAAAUGCCUAUUAUUCUUUUUUCGGUAUUCAUUAUCCUCUACUCAGUGGGUAAUGUUGAAUUUAAAUAAAACUUGAAUAUUAACGGGACAAAUCAAUUGAUUUUAUUGUUAGUUUGUAUCGACUAAAAUAGUUGAUAUAUUAAAAUACUGCCUUUA